GUUCAGUUUCCGGUACAGUGUACCGUGCUGGUCUGCACAUUGCACGCACCGACGUUCAGGGGCAUUCAAAUGCAAACUCAAUGCCCAUGGACUCGACCAUUACGUGCAACAGUACCUGCCAGUGACAGCUCGUGGAGUGGAACGACUCGCAAGGUUUUUCAAAACAGCAUUGCCAAGGUUUGGAGAGCAGUUGUUGCCGACAACAUUUUUAUUAAAAGAAAGAAAUGCAUCCAAAUUUCUGUUUGGGAGCAGGAAUCGAAUCAGUGGCAACUCGAGUUUUCACAGACCUCACCCCGCGCAGCAACUUCAAGGUUCAAGGAAUCAAGCAUGCAGGAGCAUCUUUUUUACCGGUGACAUUUAAUUGUUCGAGUGUCACCUUUUGGCUGAAUGCUGGUGGUGGAAAGACAAAGAACCUCAUUUUGUGUGGGGUUGGUCCAAGCAUUGAAACGAACCCAAUAACUCAUCCUAUUGACAAAGCAUCUGAAAUCUGAAGGCUCGAAAGGCAUCUCACAAAGCCCAAAAAGUUUGUGGUUGUCACUCUACAAGAAUGAAUCAUCCUGGGGCGCGAACACAGAAGAGGCCAUCAUCAAGGAUACUAGUACCGGUACAAACCGAUACACAAUCCAUCAAUACAUCUCCUCGUCCAAGAGCCUCGGACCAUUCUGCAGCCAAGCUGGUCCAUCACCACCCCCUGAAGCCUACUAUUGAUGAGGCUACCCAGGGAACAGCGCCUACAUGGUUAUCUCAGCCCAAGGAUUUCAGUAAUAGUGCCAGUAUUCUCUUAGUCAAACCACCACCCAAGGGAAAGAACACACACCAAGUCCAGCACAGACAAAGCAGCAAUCGGUCCUUGCUAUCUUCCCCGUCCUCGUCCACCACAGUCAUCUCUCUCCGACAAUCCGCAGUGAUUGCCAAUCUGUGGUCGUCUCACUCGAGUCUACCUCUCAACCAACCCAAGCCGCUCCCACCCACCACCUCCCACAGACGAGCUAGUUGUCGUGGCGGUGGUGCUGAUUCAUCUGAUAUGAGGUCCUACAAGAGCCGCAACACGGCCCGGUCGUCCAACUCGGACAAGCCACGACGCCGUCUACCGAAGUUUCUCAACCUGUCGUCCGACUUGUUUCGAUCCUCCAAAACAACAACGACAACGGAUUGUAGCCACAAUAAGAAGAAUACGAAAGCUUCGUCACUCCAGAAAGAGUCCUCUGGGAGGUCCUUACAACCCAGCUGCACAGAAACCACAUCCCCUCAGAGUGCCCGAUCACUCUUGGCAGCAGACCAGGACAAGUGGCAUGCCAAGGUGGUUCCCAAUAUAGAAUCUUCCCAGGAACUCUUAUUGAAAGAGGGUGUCAAAGUCGAUCGCGUUCCCAAUAUAGAAUCUUUUCAAGAGCGACGACUGCGACAGGCGACCAAAAUCCCCAAUAUCGAAUCGGCGCAAGAACGCCGGUUGCGAGAGACUGGAAAAUCCUCCCGAUUCUGCGACAGUCGUCCUCCUCCGCUCCCUGCCACGUCCGCCACUCUUCCACGAGCAGUAUCGACCCCGCCACUACCACCCAAUCCUUUGUUGGAACUUGUCAUUGAAGUACCCAAAGAAGUAGUAGACGAAGGACCACCUACUCGACCGCCCCCCAGCUUGGCGGAGUACCGCCAACAUCGAGAAGAUGGCGAUGACGACGAUGUACCGGUACGGCACUACGUACUGCCAAGCGAACAAUUUCCUCCCUUGCUCGAUAUGAUCAUUGAAGUACCUGCAGGAGCGUCAUCCACGUCGUGGGGGGACUCUGGGUGAUGCAGGUCCACGGAGAGGACGUUGCCGGCAUGAUAUCAUAGCUUGCUGGCGACUAGGUCGCGAAGAGUGUAGAGUACAAUGCAAUCAAUACUUUUUAAAGAAUCCAAUAGUAGUAUGGAGUAUUUUUUAUUAUUGCAACAAAGCCAGUCAGUAG